CCCCCCCCCCCCUCUCUCUCUCUUCUUUCUCUCACAACUGUCCUUUAUCUACACCAACAAGAAUCAUUGUUGCUCAAUUCAAUAAUAUUUAUAAAUAUAAUCUCCAAAUUAUAUUCCACAUUCAAAAAAUAAUUAAAACCCAACAAAAUAUAAAUAAAACUUGCUCUCUGUUUUACCUCAACUCAAGUGGGUUUUUGUUUGCUCUUCUUUUUUUAUGUCCAUUUCCAUUAAUGGAAACUCUUUAGAUAAGGCAGAGCUUUGCAGGUGAAAAUUUAUUGUCAAGAACCGAUCUUUUAGUGUUUUUUUGAGGAGUUGUGAGCUUGAUCAUGGCUGUUGCUGAGAAUGCUGGGGCAAGAAAUGACACUGUGACUGUAGUAUCAUCGGACACAAAGGGAACAAACGAUCUUGAAAGAUCAAAGCCUAGAAAUGAGUCUGUUGUUGUUGCUAGUGACAGUGUUGAUGAUCAGAGUGUGAUUACCAGCAGCCAGUGUGAGGUUCAAGAGAGUGUAAUUAAGGGGGCCCAGAUGCAGAAAAGGUUUGAUAUUGGUGAACACCAGUCACAGAUUGUGGCAAAAUCUGGUGUUAAUGGUGGUGGGUAUGGGAAUGGGAUGAAUCAUCAGAUGCAAAAGGGUAAACCUAGUAAUGGUUUGAAUGAUAUGAGUGAUUUGGUUGAGAUUUUGUCUAAGUUGAAUCCUAUGGCUCAAGAAUUUGUGCCUCCUUCACUUGUUAACAAUCAUGGUUUUUUGGGUAAUGGAUUUGGGUAUAAUAAUAAUAAUUUUGGAGCUCAAAAUAAUCUUGUGAAUGGCAAUGGGAAUAGUAUUAAAAGGAAGAAGAAUAACUUCAAUCAAGGAAGGCGAAGGAUGAACACUAGGACGAGUUUGGCACAGCGUGAGGACGUGAUCAAGAGGACUGUUUAUGUUUCUGACAUUGACCAACAGGUUACUGAAGAGCAGCUUGCAAGUCUCUUUAAUCCGUAUGGACAGGUUGUUGAUUGUCGAAUAUGUGGAGAUCCUAACUCUGUUCUGCGAUUUGCCUUCAUUGAAUUUACGGAUGAAGAUGGGGCCAGAACUGCUUUAGGUAUGUCCGGUAUGGUGCUUGGCUAUUAUCCUUUACGAGUGCUGCCUUCCAAAACUGCAAUUGCACCUGUUAACCCCACAUUUUUGCCAAGGUCUGAAGAUGAACGUGAAAUGUGCGCAAGGACUGUUUACUGUACAAAUAUUGACAAGAAGAUUACUCAGGCUGAUAUCAGGCUCUUCUUUGAAUCUUUUUGUGGAGAGGUUCAACGCUUGAGGCUUCUUGGGGACUAUCAUCAUUCUACUCGCAUUGCUUUCGUCGAGUUCACAGUGGCUGAAAGUGCUAUUUUAGCACUCAACUGUAGUGGUGCAAUUCUGGGAUCCUUGCCAAUAAGGGUGAGCCCAUCUAAGACACCUGUUAGGCCUCGUAUUCCCCGCUCGCCAAUGAACUGAGUCAAGCUUAACGCCUCCCUGGACUAAUCAACUGGUGGUAGAUAUAUUUAUAUAUAUAUACAUAUAUAGAUACUGAAAUAUUUUCAAGGUACUUGUGGCGUAUGUCUAUGGUUUUUGUCGUUGCAUCACCGCACAGCCCGGUAUCUUUGUUCUUGUUGCUAUAGGGGGUGGUUGUUUUCUGGUUGUUCCGUUCUUAGUUCAUAGAGUUGGACGGGAUCCCGAGGAUAUGAAUGGCUUAAUUUAUGAUGCUGAAUUUGACAUUUGAUAAACUUCAUCAUUUGACAAUUCUCUCUUUAUAUCUUCUAUUUGUGAAGAUGUUGGCAUCAAAGUUGACUUGAAUAGUUAUCAUUUUAGUUUAAAGUAGUCAAUUCUGCAAACUUGUUUCUGGUAUUAUGAGGAAGGAGGGAAUCAUUAUCAGAGUUAUGAUCGGUUUUUGCGGUGAUUUCAGGAAUUUUAGAUUUAGAGUUGUCACCUGUAACACUCUAUGUAUACAGGUAAACAUCUAAGAGAAAUAAAAGAGUGGUGCCUCCAUCUUCUCUGAA